AGCAUUUAAGUCAAGUCACGACCUGGCCAGCCACUCAGCACCACCACACAACAUGAGGUCCCUUGCCGCUCUUCUGCUACUGUUGGCUCUCGCUGCCGCAGAGCUCCACAGAAUUCCUCUGAAGAAAAUCGAGAAGUCGAGGACACUUCAGGAUCUCCGCCGAACCCGAGUCUUCUUGAACCAUCGCUACGGCGUCGGUAGCGAUGUAAUCGAUCUCGACAACUACGAGGAUGCUCAGUACUACGGCCCCAUCACCAUCGGGACACCUGGACAGGGAUUCGAUGUGAUCUUCGAUACGGGGUCCUCCAAUCUGUGGAUUCCCUCAGAGAAGUGUUUCAUCCUCAACUUAGCCUGCCGACUUCAUAACCGCUACGAUUCUACCAAGUCUUCAACCUACAUUGAGAACGGCACAGCCUUCGACAUACAGUAUGGCUCUGGUGCCCUUCACGGCUUCCUCUCUAGCGACAACGUGGAGAUGGGCGGCGUGAAUGCCAUGGGCCAGACCUUCGCUGAGGCCACACAGGAGCCUGGUCUCGCCUUCAUCAUGGGUAAGUUCGACGGCAUCCUCGGUAUGGCCUUCACAGAGAUCUCGGUCAUGGGCAUCCCUACAGUGUUCGACACCAUGGUGGCCCAGGGCGCCGUCGACCAGCCCAUCUUCUCCUUCUACCUCAACCAUGAUGUCAGCGACAUGAACGAAACACUGGGAGGAGAGCUGGUGUUGGGCGGGUCAGAUCCCAACCAUUACGAGGGAGAGUUCCACUACGUGCCUGUCUCCAAAGUCGGCUACUGGCAGGUCACUGCUGAGGCGAUUAAGGUGGGAGACAAUGUAACCGGCUUCUGCAACCCUUGUGAAGCCAUCGUUGACACUGGCACAUCCCUCAUCGCUGGACCCAACGCCGAGGUCAAGGAGAUCGUACACAUGCUGGGAGGCUACGGCUUCAUCGCAGGGGAAUACCUCAUCAGCUGCCACAAGGUACCCGAAAUGCCAGAGUUCACGUUCACCCUCAACGGCAAGGACUUCAGCAUAGACGGACCUGACCUGGUCAUCGAGGACAUUGACCCAAACACCGGAGUCAAGAUUUGCAUCGUGGGCAUCAUGGGACUUCAGAUGGGCGAGCUCGAGGCCUGGAUCCUGGGUGAUCCCUUCAUCGCUGACUGGUAUACUGAGUUUGACGUCGGCCAGAAACGCAUAGGCUUCGCCAAGUCCAUCUAAAUAUUUACAAUGUGGAGCAUGGCUUUUCAAUAAAGACUGGAGGCCUUCAGGGAUUUCCUUACUAUG